AAUUAUUGGCCUUCAUUGCAGUCGACCUCAGACACCUGAGCACUAAACAUACCGGUCAGACACUAAGCUGAUAACUCUCCUUCGCAGAGAAAAUGGAAGAUGAAAUUGCAGCCCUCGUUGUUGACAAUGGCUCUGGAAUGUGCAAAGCUGGCUUUGCAGGAGAUGAUGCUCCACGUGCCGUCUUCCCCUCCAUUGUUGGUCGCCCCAGGCAUCAGGGCGUAAUGGUUGGAAUGGGCCAGAAAGACAGCUAUGUUGGUGACGAGGCACAAAGCAAAAGGGGAAUUUUGACCCUGAAGUACCCCAUUGAGCAUGGCAUUGUGACAAAUUGGGAUGACAUGGAGAAGAUCUGGCAUCACACCUUCUACAACGAGCUGCGAGUUGCACCUGAGGAGCACCCUGUGCUGCUCACAGAAGCCCCCCUGAACCCUAAAGCCAAUAGGGAGAAGAUGACCCAGAUCAUGUUUGAGACGUUCAACACACCUGCCAUGUAUGUAGCCAUCCAGGCUGUGCUGUCCCUGUAUGCCUCUGGACGUACCACUGGUAUCGUCAUGGAUUCUGGUGAUGGUGUGACCCACACAGUGCCCAUCUAUGAAGGGUAUGCUCUGCCUCAUGCCAUCCUGAGGCUGGACCUGGCUGGCAGAGACCUCACAGACUACCUCAUGAAAAUCCUGACUGAGAGGGGUUACAGCUUCACAACAACAGCCGAGCGUGAGAUUGUGCGCGACAUCAAGGAGAAGUUGUGCUAUGUUGCACUGGACUUUGAGCAGGAAAUGGGAACUGCUGCUUCCUCCUCUUCAUUGGAGAAGAGUUAUGAGCUCCCCGACGGCCAGGUCAUCACCAUCGGAAACGAGAGGUUCCGUUGCCCAGAGGCCCUCUUCCAGCCUUCCUUCCUGGGUAUGGAAUCAUGUGGCAUUCAUGAGACUACCUUCAACAGCAUCAUGAAGUGUGAUGUGGAUAUUCGUAAGGAUCUGUACGCCAACACCGUCCUGUCUGGAGGUACCACCAUGUACCCUGGCAUCGCUGACCGCAUGCAGAAGGAAAUCACCGCCUUGGCACCCACAACCAUGAAGAUUAAGAUCAUCGCUCCUCCAGAGAGGAAGUACUCUGUGUGGAUCGGAGGCUCCAUCCUGGCUUCCCUGUCUACCUUCCAGCAGAUGUGGAUCAGCAAGCAGGAGUAUGAUGAGUCUGGCCCCAGCAUUGUCCACAGGAAGUGCUUCUAAAAAGACUUUCAUUUCUAAGCCUGCCACCCUCCCAAAAAACACUGCUCCAGCCCAAACAGGUUCUGCAUACCUGCACCAACACACUGUGCUGAGCCGACACCUCUUCCAUUCUGUCAUCACUCUGGCUGUGGCACUAUGGCCCUUGAUGGGGUGACACUACAGGAAGUAGAGGGCAUCCUUGGCGGUGUGAAUGUGUGAAACUUGUCAGUUGUGAAGUCAUUCCAGAUGUCUUUGUUCACCACCUUAUUUGCCUCUAUGAAGGUUAAUUCUGUUGGGCUUACUGUGUAUUGCUUAAUGUGUAAAUUAUGUAAUCGGAACUUUUUUUUCGUACUCGGCCUUAAUAUUUGGUCCAGUUUGUCAUCAUGCAAAAAGGACUUCUACAUUUUGAAGUGUAUGAAGGUUUGUGCAUGGGGUGUUAAGUCUCCAAUGUACACAACAACCCAAUAAAGCGCACAUGUCUGAGA